UAGUAACUUGUCCAAGGUUGCCCAGACAGACUCCGUUGGGAUUCAAAGAAGGGCAAUCCUGGGUUAAAAAUCCUGAUUCUGCACCUUCUCCACUGCGUGGCCCUAGGCUUAUGACAUCAUCUCUUCAAGCUUCGAUCCCCGCUUUUGUACUAAUUCAAGGACAAUUCAUGCAUUGAGCAAGUACGACUUGAGUACCUACCUACCGUGUGUCAAGGCGCUGUACUAGGCUUCGGGCAUGCAAGAAAAAGAAAAACACAUGAGUUCCCGACAUAAUGAACCUCACUAACGAGGGAGAAAUGCAACGAGCAAACAGUAUUUUCCUACCUCAAAAAUGGAGCUUAAUUGAGGAAACGAACACGCCAUACCCUGAUUGUAUAUGUAUAUGCCUGCAUCUAUUUCUCUUCUCAUAAGGCAGCAAACUGACCUACUUAGGUGACAAUGCCUGGAAAUGAAGGGUUUCCAAAGAAACGCUUAGUCAUGAAAUUUAUUAAUACCGGUUUGCAGAAUAGGAUCCUAUAAGACCAGAAACCUCACACGUGUAUUUAAUGCUUACUUAGGCACCAGGUAUUACGUAAAGGGGAGGAAUCUCUUUGGGAAACGGGUUUUCUCGUGAGGGGUGUGAUCGAUCCUUCCCUGAAGACUUGGAGGCUUUUUUCCUCGUUUGAGGCUCAGAUGCUGGGGACGCUGAACCAAGCUCCGGGUCGGGUUAGGCGGGAAGACGGGCGUUUAUGCCAAGAUUCCUUUUGACCUUCUCAAGAUGGCGCCAAACCGUUGACUUCAAUCAUCGCCCCGCGACUUCCUCUACGGCCCCCACUUCCGGUGCAAAGACCCAACUUCUGCCCGAAGUUGCAACGGAACACAUGCCGUGUUGGGGAGCUUUUUCUCUGCGAGCACCUUUACACCCAUGUGAAAGCAACACGAAAUUCCAUGCAUUCCGAGGUUUUCCCGUCACUCGAGGUUCACGGUUUCCCUUUCGGUGGCCGGGAGAGCGGAAUUUUGGUCAGGCGCCCGCCGCGGGCAGCCUCUACUUCAGCGGGUCUUCGGCGGCCGCGAGAAGACCCGGGAGUCACUGGAAGCGCAAGAUGGCGACGGCGGCCGCAGCUUCGGCUUCCGAAGCGGAGCCUGAGCCGAAGGCCGGGCCCACGGCGGAGGGCGAGGAGGACGGCGUUAAGACGGCUAGGACGAGGAGGAAGGUUUUACCGCGGGCCGUGGCCGCUGCGGCAUACAAGGCCGUGGGGCCGGGGUGGGACCAGCAGGAGGAGGGCGUGAGUGAGAGCGAUGGGGACGAGGAGUACGCCAUGGCUUCCUCGGCGGAGAGCUCCCCCGGGGAGUACGAAUGGGAGUACGACGAGGAGGAGGAGAAGAACCAGCUGGAGAUCGAGCGGCUGGAGGAGCAGCUAUCUAUUAACGUCUAUGACUACAACUGCCAUGUGGAUUUGAUCCGGCUGCUCCGCCUGGAAGGGGAGCUUACCAAAGUGAGGAUGGCUCGCCAGAAGAUGAGUGAGAUCUUUCCUUUGACUGAAGAGCUCUGGCUGGAGUGGCUGCAUGAUGAGAUCAGCAUGGCUCUGGACGGCCUGGACAGAGAGCACGUGUACGAACUCUUUGAGAAAGCUGUGAAGGAUUACAUUUGUCCUAACAUUUGGCUAGAAUAUGGCCAAUACUCAGUCGGUGGAAUUGGUCAGAAGGGUGGCCUUGAGAAAGUCCGCUCUGUGUUUGAAAGGGCACUCUCAUCAGUUGGCUUACAUAUGACCAAAGGACUUGCCAUCUGGGAGGCUUACCGGGAGUUUGAAAGUGCGAUUGUGGAAGCUGCUCGGCCCAUAGCUGGCUUCCUUUCCCCUUUUGACCGGGAACAAACCUUUGAUUCACAGCUGGAGAAAGUCCACAAUCUCUUCCGGCGACAGCUGGCGAUCCCACUCUAUGAUAUGGAGGCCACAUUUGCAGAGUAUGAAGAAUGGUCAGAAGACCCAAUCCCAGAGUCGGUAAUUCAGAACUACAACAAAGCACUACAGCAGUUGGAGAGAUACAAACCAUAUGAAGAAGCACUGUUGCAAGCAGAGGCGCCCAGGCUGGCUGAAUAUCAAGCAUACAUCGAUUUUGAGAUGAAAAUUGGUGACCCUGCUCGUGUGCAGUUGAUCUUCGAGCGUGCCCUGGUUGAGAACUGCCUCGUCCCAGACCUGUGGAUCCGCUACAGUCAGUACCUAGAUCGGCAGCUGAAAGUGAAGGAUUUGGUUUUAUCUGUACAUAAUCGUGCUGUUAGAAACUGCCCCUGGACAGUUGCCCUGUGGACUCGUUACCUCUUGGCCAUGGAAAGACAUGGAGUUGACCAUCGAGUGAUUUCUGUGACCUUCGAGAAAGCUUUGAGUGCUGGCUUCAUUCAGGCCACUGAUUAUGUGGAGAUUUGGCAGGCGUACCUUGAUUAUCUGAGGAGAAGGGUUGAUUUCAAACAAGACUCCAGUAAAGAGCUGGAAGAGCUGAGGUCUGCAUUCACUCGCGCCUUGGAGUAUCUCAAACAGGAGGUAGAGGAGCGUUUCAAUGAGAGUGGAGAUCCAAGCUGCAUGAUCAUGCAGAACUGGGCUAGGAUCGAGGCUCGACUGUGCAAUAAUAUGCAGAAAGCUCGGGAACUCUGGGACAGCAUCAUGACCAAAGGAAACGCCAAGUAUGCCAACAUGUGGCUCGAGUAUUACAACCUGGAGAGGGCACACGGUGACACCCAGCACUGUAGGAAGGCCCUGCACCGGGCCGUCCAGUGCACCAGUGAUUACCCAGAGCAUGUCUGUGAAGUGUUGCUCACCAUGGAGAGGACAGAAGGUACCCUAGAAGACUGGGAUAUAGCUGUUCAGAAAACCGAAACUCGAUUAGCUCGUGUUAAUGAGCAGAGAAUUAAGGCUGCAGAGAAGGAAGCAGCCCUUGCCCAGCAAGAAGAAGAAAAGGCCGAACAGCGGAAGAGGGCCCGGGCCGAGAAGAAAGCAUUGAAAAAGAAGAAAAAGACCAGAGGUGCAGACAAGCGCAAAGCAGAAGAGGAUGAUGAGAAGGAGUGGGGUGAUGAUGAAGAAGAGCAGCCUUCCAAACGCAGAAAGGUAGAGAACAGCACUCCUCCAGCUGGUGAGGCACAGGAUCUAGAGGCAGAAAUGGGACUCUUUGGGAAAAGUGCACCUGUAGACGUCGACCCUCCCUCCAAGCAGAAGGAGAGGGCAGCCGCCCUGAAGAGGGACAUGCCCAAGGUGCCCCACGACAGUAGCAAGGACAGCAUCACCGUCUUUGUCAGCAACCUGCCCUAUAGCAUGGACGAGCCUGAAGUGAAGCUCAGGCCGCUCUUUGAGGCCUGUGGGGAGGUGACGGAGAUCCGCCCCAUCUUCAGCAACCGGGGAGAUUUCCGAGGCUACUGCUAUGUGGAGUUUAAAGAGGAGAAGUCAGCCUUGCAGGCACUGGAGUUGGACCGGAAGACUGUAGAGGGGAGGCCAAUGUUUGUCUCCCCCUGUGUGGACAAGAGCAAACAUCCCGACUUCAAGGUGUUCAGAUACAGCACUGCCCUGGAGAAACACAAGCUGUUUGUCUCGGGCCUGCCUUUUUCCUGCACUAAAGAGGAACUAGAAGAGAUCUGUAAAGCUCAUGGUACCGUGAAGGACAUCAGGCUGGUUACCAACCGGGCAGGCAAACCGAAGGGCCUGGCCUAUGUGGAGUAUGAAAAUGAAUCUCAGGCGUCACAGGCUGUACUAAAGAUGGACGGCAUGACUAUCAAAGAGAAUGUCAUCAAAGUGGCCAUCAGCAAUCCUCCUCAGAGGAAGGUUCCAGAGAAGCCAGAGACAAAGAAAGCUCCAGGUGGCGGCAUGGUGCCACGACAGAUUUAUGGAGCGCGGGGGAAGGGGAGAACCCAGCUCUGCCUGCUGCCUCGUGCCCUGCAGCGCCCAAGCAUGACAGCUGCUCAGGCUGAGAAUGGCCCUGCCCCACAGCCGGCGGUCACCACUUCAGCAGCCACCGAGGCACCCAAGAUGUCCAAUGCUGACUUCGCCAAGUUGCUUCUGAGAAAGUGAAAUGGGACUCUGGAGAAGGGAAAUGCCUUACUUCAUGCUGUCCAGGAAGAGCACCCGGCACCCAGCUGUACUCUGGGUAUGGAAGGGCCUAGGACAGCACCCCUCCUGCAUAUUUUCCUCUGGGUCAGACAGAAAAAGGAUGAGGGUGUCCAAGGAAAGAGGCUUGAAGUGCUCCCUCAUAUUGAGGGCGGUAGGAGGAAAAUUGAUCACUCCGUGGGUUGGGCCCAGCGUGUAGUUUCUUAAGAUAUUUUUGUGUCUUAUAGGGUGAGAAACAGAAGUGAAACUCAAACCCGUUUUGAGACCCACUUGUCCAGGUGUUUUCGGCCAUCUCUGGCCCUCUUUUUAUAAGACACUUCUCUUACAGCCUGCACAGCACGUGGGCCCAUCACUCUUUUAAUUUUAAAAGACAAAAUGGCAGAUGUUAGUAAUUCACCAGAAUGGCCUAUUUUAGUAAAGGGGUGGUGGGAAUAGGGAAGUCACAUAAAAAAAAAUGUGAUGGCUUUCUGUUCAAGGGAGGGGGCGCUGUGCGUUUUUAUAUUAUGUAUUUGUAAAAGACACAUCAACCCAUUGUUUUAUGUUUCCUAAAAGCAAAAUAUUUGUGACCUUUGUUUUCUAUGGGAGUUCUGUGUGCCACCUGCUAUGGACCAUUUUCUUUGCCUAGUGAUGAGUGAACUGUGUUCUUUGUCUAAAUACUGAGUUUCAGCCCUUUGGUUUUGUUUAAAUAUCAUGUCAAGUGCAAACUUAAAUUCCCCCCACUUAGCUUUGUUUAUUAAACUGAAGUUCUCUUAAAAACGUCUUGCCGAAUGGUACUCAGAUGUGCAUUCAGACACGGCUGUACUUUGAGAUGGGUGCACUUGCGUUACUGAACGUGUAAAUAGAAAUUUGUAAGUCAA